UUCUUGAGAGAACUCAGCAACAUACUUUAUCUGAUCAGCUAUCAACCAAAUUAAAGAAACCACACUUACAGAGUUCCAUGGCACUCCUUCACUUGCUGCCAAAUAUUAUCAAACCUGCGCAGAAUCCAGUUGCAGUGUCUCGUGAAUCCAUUGCUCCCAAUGCUCCUAAUAUGGUGAAAUACCAGCAGAAACGACUGGAAAUGAGCCACUUGCUUGAACAAGUUCAAGAAGACAGUUUAAAAGAACUGGUGGUAAUUGAUUCCAUGCAGCGCUUUGGUAUCGAUCACUACUUUGAAGAUCAAAUCACUCAAAGUCUGACCCAACAAUACAAAGAUUCUCAAACCCUUCUUUAUAAUGAUAAUCUUUACGCAGCUUCACUUCGUUUUCGAUUGUUAAGGCAACAAGGCUUCCACGUCCCCGCAGAUGUAUUCAACAGCUUCAAAGGUGGGAAUAUGAAGUUUAAGAAUGCAUUGUCGGAAGAUAUAAGGGGGCUCAUGGCUUUGCAUGAAGCCUCACAUCUAUGCAUAGAAGAUGAAGAUAUCUUAGAUGAGGCGUCCAUAUUUACUACCAAUCUUCUGUCGGCAAGACUGUCAAAUUUGGAUGAUAGUGAUGCCUUGAUAGUUCAAAAUACACUGCACUAUCCCUAUCACAAAAGCUUGGCUCGGUUCACGAUAAAUAAUUAUCUUAAAACUCGUAACUUAGAAAAUGAUUGGGAGAAGCUCUUAGCAGAUUUAGCAAGAAUGGAUUUCAACGCGAUGCAAUGUAUAUACCGUGAAGAAAUCCUACAAGUUUUCAAAUGGUGGAAAGAGCUUGGUUUAUCAGAGGAGUUGAAGCUCGCUAGGAAUCAACCGCUGAAAUGGUACAUUUGGUCAGUGGCAAUGGCUACAAAUCCAACUUUGUCAAGGCAAAGGAUAGAGAUAACCAAGCCAAUCUCUCUUGUCUACAUCGUGGAUGACAUUUUCGAUGUUUAUGGUACUCUUGAUGAACUUAUUCUUUUCACGGAAACAAUCAAUAGAUGGGAAGUUGCCGAUGAUAAAUUACCAAGUUACAUGAAAAUGUGUUUUAAGGUAAUUCAUGACACCACACAUGAGAUCAGCAACGUAGUUUACCAAGAAUUUGGAUGGGACCCUAUAGACCAUUUGAAAAAAGCGUGGGCAAGUUUGUGCAAUGCAUUUCUAACCGAAGCAAAGUGGUUUGCUUCUGGGCAUUCACCAAAGGCUGAGGAGUACUUGAAAAAUGGGAUAAUAAGCUCAGGAAUACCCAUGGUCCUCACCAACCUCUUCUUUCUCUUGGGCUAUGGUGAAUCCACUUGGAACACAGAUAUUGAGGGCAUUAUAUCUUCAGUUGCUGCAAUUCUUCGCCUCCUAGAUGACCUAGGAACUGCAGAGGAUGAGGAACAAGAAGGAAAUGAUGGAUCUUACAUGGAGUACUACAUUAAAGAGCAAGAAGGUUGGUCAUUAAGCGAUGGAAGGCAGCAUGUUCUGGAUAAGGUUUCCCAGGAGUGGAAGUUACUAAAUAAGCACUGCCUCUCGCCAACCACAAUUCCGACAUCUUUCAAAACAGCUUGCCUAAAUGUAGCGAGAUUGGUUCCAAUGAUGUACGCUUACAACGACAACCAUCGCCUUCCUCUCCUUGAAGAGCAUGUCAAGUUCAUGUUUUCCAACACCAAGGAAGACUUGAUGUGGUGAAGCUGAUGAAAAAAAUCAGUAUUCUUAUAUAUUGUUUACUUGCUACCUAGCUGAUAAAUAUGGCUUUGGCAUUGGGACAAAUUGCAUCCUUUAUUUCAUCUUGUACGUAUGUAUUCUCUUCCGUUUGUAAUAAA